GCCUCGCCGCCCCAGCUCCCACCUCACAUAAAGCGAUGCGCAGCUCGUUGCAUCAAGUCUAACCUGACAAAAUGCCUUUACCCGGCGAGCAGCAUCGCGGCAUCGCGAACCCGUUCCAGGAAGAAGACGAGAAGCCGCGCAUAUCAGAAUGGUCCGCAAAGCAGGUCGCCACACUCCAGAGCCGUCUUAACAAACAACUUGGACCCGAGUUCAUAGCUUCGCGAAAGGGCGCGGGUGGCCGCAAUGUGUCGUACCUGCCGGCGGAGAAGGCCAUCAACCUCGCCAACGACGUGUUCGGAUUCAACGGCUGGAACAGCUCGGUACGGGAUGUCACGGUCGACUUUGUUGAUGUCAGUCAAAGCUCUGGCAGAAUCAGUAUGGGUAUAAGCGUGGUCAUUCGCGUCACACUGAAGGAUGGUGCUUUCCAUGAGGACAUUGGCUAUGGUAGUAUCGAGAACUGCCCAUCCAAGGCGCAGGCGUUUGAGAAAGCAAAGAAGGAAGCCUCUACCGACGCGUUGAAGAGAGCCCUCCGAACCUUUGGCAACAUGCUCGGAAACUGUUUGUACGACAAGCACUACGAAGGCAAAGUCUCAAAGAUGAAAGUACCGCCGCCCAAAUGGGAUACUGACAGUCUACAUCGCCAUCGAGAUUAUGCGGUGGUAAAGACCGAGAAGUCUAAACCAUCCGUUACGCCGGCUGUACCGCACAGGACUCUUCCCGCGGGCGAGCAGUCUAACCUAUCCAAUGCCACAGACCCCGACGAUGAGUUCGGAGGUAAUCUCUUCGAUGGCAUGGAUUUCGACCGCCCCAACGUUGACGAUGACGACUCUGCCUACGAGAGUAUGCUGAUGGAGACGACUGGAGCGAAGCCUAACAACCAGCCGAAUGCAGCACAGCAACUACAGGGCCCUUCGCGCGCCCAUUCAUUACCUCAAUUAGGAAAAGGUACAAAUGUGCCUCCGCAGAACCAGCAGCAUCAACCACAUAGACCACAGUUUAACGUCCGUGGACCAAACGCUCCGAACGGCAAUGGUGCUGCUGGCCCAGACCAACAACAGCAACCCUCUCGUCCACAGCCACAUCAGCAAGCGCCAUCUACAUCAGCGGACCUGCUCGCACAAAAGCUCCAAAAGGCCCGCUCGACGCCGCCGAACGGAGCAGACACAAAUGGCGCAGACGCUGCGCAGCAACAACAAGCCCCACAAGACGCGCCCGUCGGUUUCGUGACCGGCCGCGCCGCCGACCUUCUCCAGAAAGCAACGGCAGGCAGACCGCCAGGCAACGUCGCGCCCUUCAACCCGCACGCCGAGUCUCCCUCGCUGCGCCGCACCAGCGGCAUCGACCACAACAGAUCGAUGCCCGUGGCGCGCACGGCCAUUUCCGGGAGCACCACCAACGGCAACGGCAACGGCACAGCGGCAGCAGGUGGCAAGCCGGACUUCGUCAACCCGCAAGCGAACGCGAACAGGCGCAUAGGCAUGCCCGGCGCGGCGCAGAGCCCGCUGGCCAACCGCUCGACGUACAGGCCGCCUGGGCCAGCCGUGGGCGCCAAGAGAGCCGCUCCGCUAGACAGUGGUGCAGCGAGGCCGCCGUUGUCGGAUAUGAGUAAUUUGCAGCCUGAUGGGUCGUCGACGGCGGAGUCGGUGGAGAGCAAGAGGGCGAGGUUGAAUGGCGGAAGCUGAGUCCGUGGUUGGUUGGUUGGUAGAUGAGACGUAAAUGGAUUAGUGAGUGCGUGCUGUGCAUUGCAGCGACAAGCGAGUUUGGGUUGGCUUCACGACAGGUUUGCCAAGGCUAGGGCUAAGGCCUGGGAAUACGUGGGGAUGGGAGGGGAGUUAUUGGACUGGACUGGUGCUGCUGUCUAUUUUCUCUAGGAGGUAUCUUUUGGGCGUUUUUCUUUCUUUCUUCUUUACUGUGACGAAUUUGAGCGGGCGGGACGGACACGGCCGUCGCAUUUGCAUCUGCAUGCAUCUGCUUCUUUGUCCUUUUUUCUCUUUUUCUCUUUGCGGACGAUGGGCUCUUUCGUGCACACAAGCCUACGGGGCCAUCCUAGGAAUAUUUUAUUCUAUCUUAUCUAUCCCAUCAUGCAUAUACAGGCUUUCGUCUUAGUGCAGGGAUGU